AUGGUGUCCGUGGCCGGGAUGAUGGACGACGUAGCAACACCAGGUGGCGAGCUUGGCCCAGAGCCGCAAGUGGAUGAAUGGCAGGUCAUCGACCAGGUGUUGAGCUUCCUUGCCCAGUACGAUGGCAGCUCUGAAGGGCCUGAAGGGUGUGAUGCGGACGAGGUAAUGCCUUACAUUGACGCCCUUCGCCGGGCGAUAUCCAUCGUCCAAGGACGGCCAGAAUUGGCAGCUUUGGCAGAAGAGGAGCGUCGAAGCAUGGCUGCGCAGGCACAGGAUGCCCUUCAUGAGUGGCGCAGGCGAUCUCAGGAGCUGGAGCAAGUUCGAGGCGAGAACAAGGUUCUGCAAGCUGAGCUGGCUCAGGGACGCCAGGCUUUGGAGGAAGUCCUCAACAAGCAGGCGGAACUCCAAAGCUCUGUGACAGCACUGCGCGCUGACAUCGAGCCGAGGGACCGUCGGCCUGCUGCUGACAGCUUAUGA